AACGUACGAUCGUUCAGACGUGUUUAAAAAAAUGGAUUCCGAAUUACUUCUUUCGGAAGGACAAACAACAAAACGUUCCUUCAAAGCGGAAAUUGGACUCCGUUUCCUCAAAAGACUGAUUUUGGGAUUUAUUUGCGUCGGUGCCUUAAUUUUGGUGGCUUACUUGGAUAUCAUUCCCGAUACCAUCAAAGAAAUUCGACCUACGGGACUGAAAAUUAGCGGAAUUUUAAACACAGAAAGCAGUUUUUGUCCUUCAAAAGCGAUUGAGAACAAGACAAUUUACUUUAUUGAGUCAAAAAGACCCAAAGACAACAUUUUGAACCUUGGUCCGAGACAAGCUUGUGCCAUCGAAAGUGCCGCCAAGAACAAUCCGGACUUUAAUGUGACGUUAUUCGCUUUGCAUGUCACAGAUUUGGCGGAAAAUUCGCCUUAUACGAAGGCUCUGAGGCAAUAUUCGAACAUAAAAAUUGUUCCGACGACCUUGAAGGAGUUCACAAAAGACACGAUAGCGGAGCAAUGGGUUACUAAAGGAGACAUUUACAAGUCGAAACAUGCCACGGUGCAUUUUAGUGAUUUUUUGAGACUUUUUGUUCUUUACAAAUAUGGCGGGAUUUACUUAGACACGGAUUUCAUAGUCCUCAAAAGUCUUGGAGAUCUCAAACCCGGAUGGUCUGUUGCUGAAACGACAUAUUGGGUCGCCUCAGCUGCAAUGAGCUUCGAUGCCACAGGUUAUGGGCACUAUUUAGCCGAAGUUCUGGUGAGAGAAUUCAUGAACACCUACAACGGCACGGAAUAUGCCUACAAUGGACCCGGUUUGUUAACUCGCGUUGCCCAAAGACUUUGUUUCACCACCGAAACGAAAAAGAUGAAACGUGGUCCUUGCUUCGAUUUUGAAAUUUUGGAUACGAAAUUAUUUUAUCCGAUUGGUUAUGAUGCGAAAGAUCCGCUUUUUAAUCCGCAAAAUCUCACAAAAACGCUGGAAAUGGUCAAAGAUGCGUAUGCCGUGCAUUGUUGGAAUGGUCUGGUUGGCAGUGUUCACUUGAAAGUCGGAACAAAGGCAGGAAUAGGUGUUUUGGCGGAAAAACAUUGUCCGCACGUGUAUGCUUCAGUUAAAGAUGUGUUUAGAUAAGGAAUUUCGUGAAUUUAACAAGAAUGAUGAAUCAACUUAAUUAAGUAAUUUUUUUAUGUGUUACCUGCUGAUAAAGUGAUAAGAAUAGAAAAACGUAAUUUUAAGAAAUAAAACAAAAUAUGAUAAAAAAAAUAAACAAUAAUUAAAUAAUUAAAAAAGACAAACAUUUUUUUUAAAUAUGACGCUAAUGUUU